GCUUCUCGCUUUCCUCUUUCUCCUCAAUCCAUUCCCCAUUUCCUUCCUGGCUUUUCAAUCAAUUUCAAAUUUUCAUUCCUCAAUUUCACCAAUUUCAAAACCCUAAAUUCCCCAAUUGAGUGUUAAAUCACUCAUUCUCAAAAAAAUUCUUUGAAAUUCAAUCUGGGUAUUUUAAUUUAGUGAAAAAGUUUUCAAAUUUGACAGAAAGUUUCCAUUUUCUGUUAAAUUUGAUAACUGGGUCUGUGAUUGUUUUAUGUUUAUAAUAUAAAGAAGCUUCUGUGAUAUUUGUGUUAACUGUUAAGUAAGAAUGCGUUUUCCAACAGAAUAUCUAGGUUCUUCUAUUCUGAACCUACGUAGUACUCAAGUUCACUCUAUGGAAAAUUCAAGCUUAGAAAAUGAGCUUAAUUUGUUUCAAAAACAUGUAACUGAUAGGUUCAAUGAACUAUCUUCUGUUUCAAGCAAUGAUUUGUUGUCACUUUCUUGGGUUAGGAAGCUUCUAGAUGCAUUCCUUUGUUGCCAAGAGGAGUUCAGAAUGAUUCUUCAUAACCAUAGAUCGAAAGUGUGUAAACCGCCUUUGGAUCGUUUGGUGAAUGAGUUUUAUGAGAGGAGUGUCAAGGCAUUGGAUAUAUGCAAUGCUGUUAGUGAUGGUGUUGAAAUGGUUAGACAAUGGGAGAAACUAUUGGAGAUUGUUCCUUGUGCUUUGGAUCAUAAAAGAAUCAUUAGUGAAGGAAAGUUUCGUCGUGUUAAGAAAGCUCUUGUUGAUUUGGCUGUUGGUAUGGUUGAUGAGAGUAAUGAAGAUUCUAAUAAUGUGUUUUCAUUUGCAUCUAGAAGUAGAUCAUUUGGUAGAAACGUUGUUAAUAGAGAUCGUCAUCAUCGAGGAGAUUCGUCUGUGUUUGGGCAAUUUAGACCAUGGAGUGAAUCAAAGAAUUGGUCAGCUAUUAGACAAUUACAAGCAAUAGGGAACAAUCUUUGUUUUCCUAGGAAUAAUGAUCUUGUUGCUUCAAAUGGUAUUGCAUUGACUAUUUAUACAAUGAGUACAAUUUUGUUGUUUACAAUGUGGGCACUUGUGGCUGCAAUUCCUUGUGAAGAUAGGGGUUUACAUCUCAACUUUUUGGUUCCUCGGCAGCUAUCAUGGGCGGCUCCAAUAAAGUUGCUCCAAGAGCAGAUUUUGGAGGAGUCGAAGAAGCCGGAGAGAAGGAACUCUUGUGGUCUUUUGAAGGAGAUUCAGAAGAUUGAGAAGUGUGCUUGGGUGAUGAAUGAUUUGACAGAUUCAUUGGAGUUUCCUUUGAGUGAGGAGAAAGAAGAUGAAGUUAGAGCUAAAGUGGAAGAUGUUGUGAAUGUUUGUGAAGGUUUGAAAGAUGGAUUGGAUCCUUUGGAAAGACAAAUUAGGGAAGUGUUUCAUAGAAUUGUUAGUUGUAGAAUGGAAGGGCUUGAUUCUAUGUAUAGAUAUUAGAUAGUAACAAAACAUCAUCAAUGGAUUUAGAUAAGAUUUGAACUAUGUUUUAUGAAAUUGCAAAGUUAAGUUGAUAUCUAAAUCAAUUUGAUAGUGUGAUUAGUAGUUUGUAAAGUGG